AUGCCUUCCGAAGCCGGCCACCGCCUCUACGUCAAGGGACGCCACCUGAGCUACAAGCGCUCGCGUCACACCACCAAGCCCGCCAUCAGCCUGAUCCAGAUCGAGGGUGUUGACAACACUGAGGCUGCCAACUUCUACCUCGGCAAGCGCAUCGCCUACAUCUACAAGGCGCACAAGGAGGUCCGCGGCUCCAAGCACCGUGUCAUCUGGGGCAAGGUCACCCGGCCGCACGGCAACUCUGGCGUCGUCCGUGCCCGCUUCGCCAACCCCCUUCCCUCUAAGUCUUUCGGUGCUUCGGUCCGCGUCAUGUUGUACCCCUCUUCGAUAUAA